ACGAGGGUUGGAGAGAUCAUCCAAAUCUGCGUUAUGGUCCUCCCAGGGGUAAUAAUCUGAAUUUUUCUAAUAAUCCACCUCCCCAACAAGAUAGGGAAACCCAAAUGUUAGAACAAGUGCUUAAAAAGAUGGAUGAUAAAUUUACUUCGGUUGACAUAAGUCUUAAGCAACUUCAGGAAAGACAAACAGCCUCUGAAACUUUGAUUAGUAAUAUGCAAGCUCAAAUGAACAAUAGGCUGCCUUCUCAACCCUUUCCCAACCCUAAAGAGAACCUUAGUGCUAUAGAGUUAAGGAAUAAAAAAGUGCUCAAAGAACCUAAAAGCAUUAGGGAAGAGGAAAAAGAGUUAGAAGUUGAACUUAUAGGUCCAAAACAGCCCUUAGAACCUGAAAUUCAGCCUUUGGACUCUGAAGACCAGCCCUUAGAACCUGCAACCAGCAUCUUAGAUGAGGAUAAUGAGGCUGAAAAAUCUGAAGAAAAAAGGAAAACUGACCUUAGUGAUAGAAAUCCAGCCCUACCUCACCCUAAGGCACCCUUCCCUAGCAAAUUCUUUCAACCUAGAAAGCCUAAAGAAAUUGAUCUUGCACUUCUUGAUACUUUUAAGAAGGUAGAGAUUAAUUUCCCUCUCUUAGAAGCUAUUAAGCAAGUCCCUAAAUAUGCUAAGUUUCUAAAGGAGCUUUGCACCAACAAGAAUAGGCUAAUGGGGAAUGAACGGGUACGAAUGGGUGAAAAUGUCUCUGCAGUUUUUCAAAAGAAAAUUCCUCCAAAAUGUAAGGAUCCUGGUGUUUUUACCAUUCCUUGUCUUAUUGGUGAUUUGCACUUUGAUAGAGCCAUGUUGGAUUUAGGAUCUUCUAUUAAUGUAAUGCCCAAAGACAUUUUUGAUAAGCUUAAUACUGGGGAAUUGAAACCGACAGGGGUAGUGAUUCAGUUAGCCGAUAGGAGUUAUACUUAUCCCGAGGGUCUUCUUGAAGAUAUCUUGGUGAAAGUCAAUGACUUAGUUUUUCCCGCUGAUUUUUAUGUGUUGAGCAUGGGUUCUGAUACCUCUGACAUACCCAUUCUUCUUGGUAGACCUUUUAUGAAAACUGCUAGAGCUAAGAUUGAUGUUUGUGAUGGGGUUUUGUCACUGGAAUUUGAUGAGUACAGUUUGUCUAGUGAAGUUUUGAACUUAGUUGAAUACCUUGCUGAGUUCGAGGAGCUAGAGAACCUUAGUCAACCUGUGUUUAGGGCUGAGUUACUUGAGAACAGACCUAAGCUAGCUCCAUCCUUAGUCUCUCCACCUAAACUUGAUCUUAAAGACCUGCCCGACGACCUUAAGUAUGCAUUUCUAGGUCCAGAUCAGACCCUACCAGUGAUUAUUUCCAGUGCUUUGACCAAAAAUCAAGAAGAAAACCUCCUAAGAGUCCUGCGAGAGAAUAGCCAAGCAAUUGGUUGGACUUUGGCAGACUUGAAGGGGCUAAGUCCUACACUUUGCAGCCAUAAAAUAAGCCUAGAACCUGAUGCCAUACCUAAAGUAGAACACCCUAGAAGGCUUAAUCCACCUAUGUUAGAGGUCGUUCAAGAAGAGAUCCUUAAGUGGCUUG